UGUGUGUGUGUGUGUGUGUGCAGGUGUUGGCCACCAAUUAACGAGGCUUAAAUAUGGGGCGAUCACUCCUGGCGGUGGCGCGAGAGACCCCCACGCAUGACCUCCCUCAGUGUGACCUGACCCAGAGCGGUCGUUGAUGGAGAGACCAAUGCAAUGUGCAGACACAAGUAGACAGAAACGUAGACCAAACACAGACGCAGAAAGAUAAUCGUGUAAAAUGAUCUUUCCUCUCCCCCGUCAGGGUUAUCGGGUCUACACAACAUUAUCGGACUGAGUCACGCGGGGCUGAAGUCCAUCCCACCCCGAGGCGUGGCAGGGAGUCAAAGUUCCAGGUGGUGCCAGGCAAGCAGAUGUGUGCACGACGCCCUCAUUAUGGCCGACGAGUGAAGAAAACAAAAUAACUGUGCACACGGCCCCAUGAUCACUUACCGAGAGGGGGCGAGGAGCUAGGGAGGACAGACGCCGUUAACUAAACUGUAAACAUGCACUUGGGGAGGCCUGAUCUUACUGACUUACUGUGCCAAAGCUAAUGUACUUAAAAGCAUAAUUGGUGCACUGAAGAUACCGAGGCGUUGAGUGGGCCGGGGGAGAGGGACGCUGUGUGGGUGGGUGUAGAUGGGAGGGUCAGGUGGGGGUGGGAUGGUGGUAUAGCGCGCGGUAUUUCUCCCUCAGUAGCCAACCAGCGGAUACACGACUCAAAGCAGAUGGCGGAGUCCCUCACCUUGCUAACCUGUGUAGACGAGGGGCUGCGGAGGGGCGUGCAGCGAGCCCAGGAAGACGCCGUGACCUCGAGGCGACACGCAAGCACCUACGAGACAUUUCAGGCGGAGGAUGCGGGUUCAGGAGACCGUCGGAAUGAGAAAGAGGAGGACACAACAGUCGGGUGUUCCCCUGGGGCGCUCUUCCGUCGUUUGGGCUGGAUGCUGACGGGGAGGGAGAAAGAUGACGAGUCGCUGCCCUUGACGGAGAGACGCAAGCUGUCCACGCCGACCUGCCGCCUGCAAGUCAUGAGGUACCUGCCGGAGGUCAUACGUUACCUGGCCUUGGGGUCGGCGCGGCAGGUGAAGAAAGCUGGGUCAUGGCUGGUGGUGGGCCUGAGGGAUUACGCAACCCACGGGGGCUUCACGUACCCCAUCGAUGUUCACGUCUCGCCCAGUACCUCUCAAGCUGCCUUCUGGGUGUCUGUGCUGUGACCCGACUCGUGCAACCCCGCCUAGUCACCUCCGUCUACCUCUAUCCUCAACCUUCCUCUAUUUGUGCCCUAUUCCUUCCCUGUUGUCUAAUGUUCUACCUAAAGUCCACCUCCACCCACCUCCACUCAACUCCACAUCACCACCCCAUCCUACCUCAUAUCUUAGUUUACACUCUCGCCCCUUCUAACUCCUCUUGCAUAAAUCUCACCAUCCCCAAAGUCCACCUCCACCCACCUCCACUGAACUCCACACCACCAUCCUAUCCUACCUCAUAUCUUAGUUUACAUUCUCGCCCCUUCUAACUCCUCUUGUAUAAACCUCACCACCCCCAAAGUCCACCUCCACCCGCCUCCACUCAACUCCACACCACCAUCCUAUCCUAUCUCAUAUCUAAGUUUACUCUCUCAUCUUUACCUCACCUCAUCCGCAGACCUAUUUCAGUCCACCGUUUCUCUUCCUUUUCCCUUCCUCCUCCUCCUCCUUCUCUUAUUACCUACGUCUUUCUACUCUCGUUUAGUUUUUUGUGUGUAUAGUUUUAAAUGAUAAGGAUAAGUCAGAUCUGUAGACAUAACAAAUAUAUACGUACCACAUUA